AUGAAAAAUGUUCUUGGUGUUAUUGAUAUUUUAACUAUUAUCCUCAAUGUUCUUCAUAUUUUCAUCGGCGCUAGAAUUUUUUUCGCCUUUGGAUCGAUGAUGGAAAAAGAAACAUGCGUUGAUGGUAUCCGUGGAAACAAUGCUCAACUGCUGGACGCAAGCGAGUUUACUGAAAUCGGGCAGAAUACGAUGAUCACCGGAGGAAUCAUGCUCGUUUUUGGGAUCUUUGGUAUGAUUGUUACGGAGAUGGAGACAGGAGUAUUGAUGUUGGUGAUGACUACCGUGCGGAUUUGCUUCUUUAUGUAUUCAAUCUUGACGUCUGUGAGAAAUUUCAUCGAACCUGAGAAGGUCUGGUUGAGUUCAAUGACUCUCGGCUCCAAAUUUACGUAUGAAUUCGAGCAGGACAACCGCUGCUGCGGGUGGAAUAAUGUCUUCGACUACUGCGACCGGGACAAGAUUUUGCAAAUAAUCUACGACGUCAGAACUGGGAGAAAGGAUUUGGUCACGAAGCACACUCGACAAAGCUCGUUUUUUGAAGAAUAUGCCGAUUCAAAAAUAUACAACUACGAAAGCUUUGAAAGUGAGAUUUUCUACAGCUCCGAAAUCGCGAGUAUUUCAAAGCUGGAGGAAAUCAAUGAUGGUGAGGAUCCUUGCGAGCCGGAUUCUUUAAAUGAAUACUGUGUCUGUGACGAAAUGGAGAAGAAUGACUGGACAUUGAAUAUUCUUGAUGAACCCUGUAGAACCGACUGCGAGGGAAAUAUCUUGUAUGCACGAGAAUCUUGUCCUGGGCAUCAUUCUAGAGACACGAAGGAAAAGCCCAUUUGUCUGCUCAACGGCUGUGGGGACAUUCUUCUAGCGCAGUGGAAUUUCAAGCUUUGGCUUAUCCGAAUUCUAUUUUUCUCCUUUAUCGCUUCGAUGAUCGUCUAUGCUUAUUUCAAAUACCAACUCGCCUUUUACUACAUCGACGAAAUCAACAAGCGAUGGGUCAGAUUCGUUUCCGUCGCCCCCGAACCUCCCUUGUUAAAAGAAAAUGAAGCUUGUGUCGUUGUUGAUGGUCUUUUUGACCCAAGAAGAGUGUCACCGAAAGACAAUUUGAAAGAAAAACUGCUUUUUCAUUUCAAUUCGGAAUUGAGAAAGCUCAAAAAGAAUGAAAAAUUCGAAUAUGAUUGCGAUUCAAACUCGUCGGAUUCUGAUGAAUCUUCAGAUUCGCCAGAAACAGCUCUGUAA